UUUGAUAAAACUUCACAACCAAUGGGAAUCUUCUUCGAGUUAGUGUGGAGUGGCCUUAAUGCUGGAAAUAAUCCUGUUGGCCUGGACCCCAGAGCUAUGCAGAUGAGAAAAGGAUGCAGGGAAUUCUCCUGUUUACACAUGUGUCUGUAACACUGAGCCGCCGGAGCAGCCCAGCCAGCCCAGAGGGCCUGAAAAGAUAAACAUGAAUUUAGAUUCCAUUCAUCGGUUAAUCGAGGAAACACACAUCUUCGGAAUGCAGCAGUCGAGCGUUAGAUCACCGGGCGACCUGGCGGCACCUGCCCCGGCCCGCGGGGACCCCGGCAGCUCCUGUCCAUCUCCUCUCGGGCCGCAGUCUCCUGCCGCCCGCAGUGGUCGUGCUCCCUCCUGGAGUACCAGCGAGUGGGAUAUCCGUGCUGAGCUUCGCCUGCGGGAGCUGGAGGAAGUCAAGGCCCGCGCCGCUCAGAUGGAGAAGACCAUGCGGUGGUGGUCGGACUGCACCGCUAACUGGCGAGAAAAGUGGAGUAAAGUUCGAGCUGAAAGGAACAGCGCCAGGGAGGAAGGCAGGCAACUCAGAAUCAAGUUAGACAUGGCUGUGAAGGAGUUGAGUGCUCUGAAAAAGAAGCAGCCUUUGCCGCAUCUGGUGGAGGCCACCCAGGACCGGAAGCUUCCUGGUUUCCCCGAAGUGGCCCGUGCACAGAGAGACCCAUUGCAAAUUGGUUCCAAAACGUGUGAGUCCAUCAGAGAGUGUUUGGGAAAAAGAGAAUUUCCCACCAAGGAGAACGCAAAUAGUAAGGAAGCGAGUUUGAUUAUUGACCCAUUAAAAUUAAGUGAGGAGAUGAAACUCAGCCUAGACUGUCCUGAUUUAUUCAAGAAUGGUGUUUCUGAAAAUUGUACAGUGAGACCUGGAUUAAGACUGCAGGCAAUAAAUCUGCCUCUGGAGAAUGAAAUGCCUGAAAUUUCAGCUUUGCAGGGGCAUUUGGAUGAUUUCCAAAAAGUCUUAUGGAAAGAAAGGGAAAUGCGCUUAUCUUUGGAAAAAGAGAUAGAACGACUGGAGUCGGCUUUGUCUGUGUGGAAAUGGAAGUAUGAAGAACUGAAAGAAUCAAAGGCAAAAAGUCUGAAACAGUUUGAAAUUCUUCAUGGUCAACAUAAAAAUGAAAUGGAAGAAGUAUCAGGACUUAUAAGGAAAGAAUCAAAAUCUCAAAACAGCAAUGACAGAGUGCUCUAUGAGUUAAGAGCAGAGCUAGAGAGAUUGCAGGCUGAAAAUACAUCUGAGUGGGACAAAAGGGAGCUACUUGAAAAGGAAAAACAAGGACUGGAGAGAGAAAAUAGAAGGUUAAAGGUCCAGGUGAAAGAAAUGGAAGAACUCCUGCACAGGAGAAAUAGAUUAAGUGAAAACUCGGAAGGUCCUGAUUUCAAGACAUCAGGAGUUGAACUACAGGAAAAAAACAAGGAACUCGUGGACCUUCAGCAUGCCUACUGUAAGCUAAGCAGACAGUACCAGGCAAAGACAGCAGAAUUGACUCAUGCCAACAACCUCAUGGAUCAAAAUGAAGCCGAAGUAAAGAAACUGAGACUUCGAGUAGAAGAACUAAAAUGCGGACUCAACCAAAAAGAAGACAAGCUUGAUGAUUUCCUGAAUCAGAUCCAUAAGCUCCAGAGAUCUUUGAAUGAACAGAAAGAAACAAAUGAAAACUUGGAAAUUAAACUCAGGCACUUACAAAAUCGUGACUUCUAAAGACAAGAGAAAUGGCCUUGAAUUCAAGGAAUUCUGCAUAGAAGUACUGAUGCUGAAGCUGAACCUGCAAUACUUUGGCC